GGCUCAAAGGGGGGGCCUUUGCCCGGCCGCGCGGGCCUGCAAGGGUCAUGCUGAAGCCCAAGCACAUCCGGUUCCGGGCGCUGGAGAAGGUCAAGGUCCGACCACGAAGUCUGGUGCAGAUCUGCCUGCAGCGUGUAGCAGAGAACUUCCUGCAAUAUGACAACCUGCACACCAAGCUGGGUCGAAAGCAGCUGGAGGAUGUCUAUGCCAUGCUGGACCUGGACAUGCCUUUGCCUGAGGCAGCUGUCAGGAUCAACGACGAGAACUACUGGAAGCGGCGGACGCAGGCGAAGCACCCCAACGCGCAAGUAGAAAAGCACGGGAUGUCCUGGAAGCAGACCUACUUGGAGCUGGAGUUGCAGGAAGCCCUGGAACGGGUGCCCAUCACUGUAGAGUAUGGAAACCCCGAGCUGGAGAUGUUGAAGCAGCAGGUGAUGGCGUCGAGGCUGUACAUCUACCAGCUGCACAUCACUCAGUUCCCAUCGCACUUGGAUCUGAGCUUCAUCUUCGAUGCCUUGCCGGCCCUGUGCACCUUCUCCAUCACCUAUGGCAACAAACGCCUCGGCAUGGACUACGAGCGGGCCAUGUUCGGCAUGAAGAUCUCAGACGCGCAGUACCUGGCGCGGGACAUCCGGGUGUCCCAGACCCUGGUGUCCCUGUCCCUGCCGUGCAAUAUGAUCGACGAUGAGUUGGUCAAGGUGCUGAUGGGUGGCCUGUCAUACGGCCAUAUGCUGACGCACCUCGAUCUCAGUCACAACAAGAUCGGCGAUCGAGGGGCCAGGCGACUGGCCUCCCUUCUGGACUCGGAUUAUUGCCUCCAGGCCUUGGAUCUGAGUGACAACCAGAUCCACGCGAACGGGUGCAUGCACUUGGGCGCGCACUUAGCUGAGAACAUCACCUGCCAGGUCCUGAAUUUGCGGCUGAACCGCUGCGAGGACAACGGGGUGUCGCAUCUCUUCCAGGACAUGUGCGUCAACAAGCACCUGCAGACUCUGAACAUUGCCUGCAACGACCUGACCGUGAGAUGUCUGCCCUACUUGAACGCCAUGCUCGCGGAGAACGGGGCCCUGGCGGAGCUGGACAUCAGCGCCAACCCGCUUCACCAGGAGGAAGAGGAGGCCGCCGCAGGCGCCACCACGGAGAGCCCACCAGAGGCGCCGCUGGACCAGGAUGAUCCGUUGGCAGGUCUUCAGGUGAACGGCCAGCUGGCCGUCUUUGCGCGCUGCGUGGUGAAGAGCCCCACGCUGCUGCGCGUGGACCUGCGGAACUGCGGGUUGCCUUUGGACCUCGCGGAGCGGGUGGGCACCGCUGUGAAGCACCGGGAGCUGGUUGCCAAGGGCAUCCCAGUUGAGGCCUAUGAGAAGGCUAGGCAAGCUGCGGCGGCCGCAGAGUUGGCUGCCGAGGAGGAGCUGGCUGAGGGAGAGGAAGAGGAGGGUGGCGAGGAGAAGGCAGAGGAGAAGCCUGAGGAGGAGAAACCCGAGGAGGAGAAACCCGAGAAGCCUGCAGGGGAGGUUGAAGAAGAGAAGAAGGAGGGCGAGUGAGCGCCUGAGGGCAGGCCCUGUCACGUGCCGAGUUCCUGCCUUGGCAUUUGUCGUCGUUUCUUUGCGGUGCA